AUGCCCAUCCUCGGCCUUUCACCCUCCUCAAAACCCAACCACCCACCCCACUUUAACAUCGAAAAAGUAAUCAGACCCAACAUCCUCUCUCUACACCCCUACCGCUGUGCGCGGGACGACUACAAGCAAGGCAUCCUCCUCGACGCGAACGAGAAUGCCUUUGGGCACUCCAUCACCCGUUCCUUCUCAGGCGAAGAAGGCGUGAUAGCAGACCUACAAACAACCCUCGAUUUGGAUUUACACCGAUACCCAGACCCAUCCCACGCAGACAUCAAACAGCGCAUCGCGUCGCUGCGUAACGUCCCGGGGGCAGAAUACGUGUUUUUGGGUGUAGGGAGCGAUGAGGUGAUUGAUUUGUUGAUGAGGGUGUGUGUUGUUCCUGGGGGAGGGGAGAAGAUCUUGACGACGCCGCCUACGUAUGGGAUGUAUGCGGUGUGUGCGCAGGUAAAUGAUGUGGGUGUUGUUAAGGUUCCGUUGGAGGGACGGUUUAGUGUUCGUGUUGAUGAGGUGAAGAAAGCGAUCGACGCCGAUCCUAAUAUCAAACUUAUAUUCCUCUGUUCGCCUGGAAACCCAACCGGAACGCUCAUCUCCCUCAAAUCCAUAAAAGCGCUGCUGGACUAUGAAAAGUUUAGUGGGAUCGUCGUCGUAGACGAGGCCUAUAUCGACUUUGCAAACGAGAACACAUCCACCGUCUCUUUGGUCGAGGAAUACGCGAAUCUAUGCGUCAUGCAGACCGUAAGCAAGAGUUUCGGGCUCGCUGCCAUCCGCCUAGGAAUCGCAAUCGCCCAACCCCCACUCAUCCAAAUCCUAACCAACACCAAAGCACCCUACAACAUAUCCACACCAACCGCCCACCUCGCCCGUGCAGCACUCACACCCACCGCCGUCACCUCAAUGCGCGCCAAGGUGUCCACCCUCGUACAAAGUCGCGCAGCGCUCCUCCAAAAACUCGCGUCCUUGGCGCCACUGGGGCUUGGGAGCGCGAUCGGCGGGAACGACGCGAAUUUUAUUCUGAUGCCUGUACUGACAAAAGACGGGAGUGGGGAGCCGGAUAGCGAAAGAGCACAGAGGGUGUAUAAAGCGCUGGCGGAAGAGAACGGGGUUGUGGUUAGGUAUCGAGGUGGGGAGGUGGGGUGUCAGGGGUGUUUGAGGAUAACGGUGGGUACGGAGGAGGAAAAUGAGGUUGCGUUGAGCAAGAUGGGGGAGGUUUUGAGGGUGAUUUAG